ACGGAAGCAGCUAGCUUCCCCCCCCCCCCCCCCAUCUUCCACACACAGUCAGCAGGGACUCCUGAUACUAACUACUACCAAGUGUUUGCUUCUAACCUGACGUGUUUGAGAAACUGUGUCAUGAUAGCUGUGGAAUUAAAGUCGUGACAGCAUGUUUUUUCACAGUUACCAUCGCAGUUGGCAUGGUGGCGAGGACACUAGCGCCGUUACGAAAGUUCGUUAUAACCGUAUGUGACCGUAGACACAUGCCGUGAGGGCUCUAACCGGCCACUGUCAGCCGGACAGAAAUAAACAUGAACAGGUUUUACAUUUGAAUGUUUCACUGAGAAAAACUGAUACACCUCAUAUCACCCAAUAAUGAACAUCAUGUAGUGUCCAAAUUGAACUUUUACACAACAUUCAACAAACAUAUGCUUAACCAUACUGGCUGAAAACAAAAGGAAGACCUUGAUUAAAUAAAGGCAACAAUAAUCUCAAGGAUUGUCUUACAUUGUUUAUUAUUCAGACUCAGAACAAUAACACAGGACUGUUUAAGUUAUCAUCGAAUCAUUUGGUUUUGGUUUUGGUUGCAGUUGCAGUUGGACUAUUAGGCAACAGCAACAAGUCAGAUUUGGCUUGAAUAAACAUGGAGGGGCAGCCACUGGCUUUCAAGUCUGUUUUCUUGCAUGGUAGUCAUGAGUACAUGUGUUGACACUGAGUUGGUAUAUACACUUUAAACAGCACUAUGAAAACAUUUACCUUUCCAUUUGUUUAAUUUUUAUCUCUCUUGCAUGAUGUUGGAUGUUUAAUCUUCAAUUCUCAGCCAAAAUGUAAAUGAGUCCCAAACAAAUUAUGGUGGAGGCUCGUUAAAUAAAAAAAAAUUUCAGAGCAAUAAGAUAACAUUACACCUAUGACCCAGAGGGUGGUGUGGCCUAGGGGGUAAAGUGGUCGUUCUCAAACAAGAAGGUUGCUGGUUCAAACCCCACUCUUCCCUCAUCUGCAUUCCAAAGUGUCCUUGGCAAGAUACUGAACCCCUACAUGGCCCCUCAUAAAAGUUGAGUGUACUAAUGUAGGUUGCUUUGGACAAAAGCGUCAACCAAAUGACAUGAAAUGUAAAAAAAAAAAAAAAUGACCUUUGUUUUUAUCAAAGCUCUGGUUGACUCAUCUAUUGACAUUGUUAAAUCUUCACCAAUGUGUAGCCUAGAUAAUUGAUGUAAAUGCAAACAGCUCCAAGCAGUUAUACUCUCAUAUUCUACGGGGAAUAGACACCAUGUCCAAGCAAGCUCUGUUCAUUUGUACUGUAUGUUUAUUGUAUUGUUUUUUUCCUAACCACCUUCACCAUUGCAUGUUUAUUAGUGGGAUUAAAAUUCUCAGAUAAGCUUAUCAUGACUUUUGAAUUAAUAAUUAAUAACACAGUCAUGUAAUCUUCUCCAACCAGAGUCAUAAAAGUAACAUUAUUGCAUGCUGCACUUUCUUCUGUACAAAAGCAAAGCAGAAACUCUUCCCCAGACUCAUCAAGGCUCGAAGCAACAAAGUGUGUCAGCAGCAGGAGUCAUGUCACUCCGGUUCUUUACUCUGCUUUUUAGCCUGGGUUUGACGGCAGCUGCACUAACAGGGGAAACAGAAACUGAUGUUGAUGAAGGUCAUGACUGGGACAUCUUCGACAUCAAUCAAGCGGCCGAGCUGGACCUGCUGGAGGGAGAUAUCGACAUGACAUCCGGAAGAAACUCCAUCAUAGGAGAUUCGUAUCGCUGGCCAACAACCAUUCCUUACUACCUGGAGGACAGUCUGGAAAUGAAUGCAAAGGGAGUGAUCCUAAAGGCCUUUGACCAGUACAGACUGAAGACCUGUAUUGACUUCACACCGUGGAACGGAGAAAAGAACUACAUCUCUGUGUUCAAAGGCAGCGGAUGCUUCUCCUCUGUAGGAAACCAGCAGGAGGGAAAGCAGCGAUUGUCCAUUGGUAAUAACUGUGAUCGUCUUGGAACUGUUGAGCAUGAGUUCCUGCAUGCUCUUGGAUUUUGGCACGAGCAGUCCAGAGCUGACCGUGAUGAUUACGUCAACAUCAUGUGGGAUCGCAUUGAACCUGGAAAAGAGCACAACUUCAAGACAUAUGAUGACAAAGUGUCCAGUGCUCUGGGCGUCCCCUAUGACUACGGCUCAGUGAUGCACUACAGUAAGACUUCCUUCAACAUCGGCUCGGAGCCCACCAUCGUUACCAACAUCCCAUCUUUCAUGGAUGUAAUUGGUCAGAGGAUGGGGUUCAGUGCUAGUGACCUAACCAAACUCAACCGUCUCUACAAUUGCACGGAGUCUUCCACCUUUGUGGACAGCUGUGACUUUGAACAGGAAAACAUCUGUGGGAUGAUCCAGGCACCUGGGAACCCAAAGUGGGAACAACGCAGAUCUGUGAGUGGAGGGCCUCAGCACGACUUCACCGCCAUGGGGCAAUGCAAAGGGAAAGGCUACUUCAUGCACUUCAGCACAGCUUCUGCUGAACCUGGGCACCAGGCCUCUCUGGAGAGUCGCUGGCUUUACCCCAAACCUGGAGCUCAGUGUCUGCAGUUCUUCCUCCAUAACAAGGGGGCGGCUGAUGAUGUCCUCAACAUCUGGGUGCGAGAGUACGACAAGGCCACACCCAGCGGUAAACUGAACCUCUUCAAGAGCAUUUCAGGAGGUGUCAUGGGUUCCUGGGAGCUGCAUAACGUCGAUCUGAACGUGGCACAGAAGGCCCGUGUGGUUUUUCAGGCCGUGAGGGGAAAGAGUCCAUCGAGUGGGGGUUUCUCUCUUGAUGACAUCAACCUGUCGUCCACAAAGUGCCCUCAGCACGUCUGGCGCAUCCGCAACAUCACCAGCCUGAUGGCCACCACACCAGCAGGAGAAAAACUGUACAGCCCUCGCUUUCUCUCUCCAGCAGGUUACUCCUUCCAGGUUGGCGCGUAUCUAAAUGGAAGAAGCGACCGUCAGGGGUACAUUGGUCUCUACUUCCAUCUGACCUCAGGCCCCAACGACCACAACCUCAAGUGGCCUUGCCCCUGGCAGCAGGCGACCAUGGCCCUGAUGGAUCAGCAUUCUGACAUCAGAGAGCAAAUGAACAUGCACCGAAUGGUCACCACUGACCCUGAUAAGGUGUCCAGUGAUGGUACUGAGUACUACUGGGAUGACCCAAGGAAAGUGGGGUCGAAAGUGACGCAGUCUGAUGGCAGCUUUUACUAUCGAGGCCCAGGAACGGGGACCUCAACCUUCAUCACACACAGCAGGCUGAGGAGCAGACAGUUCAUCAAAGGAGAUGAUGCCUUCUUGUUGUUAAGUCUGGAUGAUAUAUCUGACCUGCUGCUACCUCAGCCUCUGCCUCGCUCUGCAGACUAUGCUGAAGCCAGUGCGAUGAAGGCUGUUGACCAAGACACCCCACAGUCAACAGCUAGUAACCACAUGGUGAUAGUGGUUGUGGCAAUGUGUGUCUCAGCGGCAAUUUUUUUAGUUUCCACACUAUUUCUUGGCAAGGCGUGGAGGGUGAGGAGAAGACAGCGAGGGAGUGACAAUGUGGUGACAUUACAAGAUAUGCAAUCCACUGAGCACCCGACCAAGGACUUACCCUCAGUUCUGAUCUCUGCAUGAGCUCCUCACUGACCAGAGCAGAGGACGCGUCUCAUCUCUGCACAUGAGUCGUUUUCACAUAAUCUGAAGCUGUAUCUCGGAAAUAAAAUGCCUGACAGAA